GCAGAGGCUUAUGUAAACUCUAGUGAAAAGCACAGGAAAGAACAUCACAAAGUGGGCCGAAAUGGCAGGUUACCAUUUCAGCGGGGCUGGUUAUUUGAACAGCUCUGUGAGAAGAGGCGGCUGCGGCCGACGUUUCUGCGUCCCCGGGGCGGAUGGUGGGUUCUGUGUGUUUCCCCCAAAGCUGAGCCGAGCCGAGGGCCGGGCUGUACCUUCCGCACCACUGCAGAACGCUCCCGCUGACGUAACCGCAUCCGUCCCCGCCGUGUCCCCACCGCCUCCUGUCUCCUUCAAAGCAGGACCAAAGUGGGUCAGGCUUGGACGGCGAUCUGAAAGGAGAGAGACGCUGCAGCAGAGGUGCAGGCAGGAGCUGUGACAGCACCGAGCUGGCGCGGGCCCUGCGCAGGCCAAGCUGCACCAACAAGGUUUGCAGCCAUUUGCUUUACAGAUGCAAAACUGAGGAUUUUAGCACUUCUGGCCAUUCAGUCUUCCCAGCCAGUAACUGCCGCGGUGGAGGUGAGCACAGGGAUGACAAUUACUGGCAACUGGUUUAUCUUACACCAUCCACCCACACCACAAAGCCCCAGAUUAGAAAGCAUGUCUCUAUAUUUAUCACGAGGCUCGUCUCUGCAGAAACCAAACUCUUAUUCCGGGGUUGCCCUGUCACUUCUACGAGCAGCAUAAACCAUCAGAAAAGGGUUUCUCAAUCUCCACUGAGGCGAAACAGGCACAUAAGGAUUGAAAAACAAACACUAAAUCAGCAUCUCGUGGUUUCUGCUGUGGAGCACCCUAUGCUCAAGUGUUUGUGUUGCACGUGGGAGGCAGCUGGCACGAAGGCACGUGCUUCCCGGCGAUGCUGUGCCGACACCGCAUGCCCCUGCCUGCCCGCAUCCGGCUCAGGGGCAUAAUGACCAUCCUGGACUCAAGACUUAGGCCAGAGAAUCCUAAUUAGCGCUGGCAUCGCCUGCCUGCGAUGGCUUUUGGGUGUGGAUCCACCCGGGCCGCUGCCAGCCGCAAGGGCUGCGCAACCCUCCCGAGAGCUGCGGCCGCGGGCAGGGGCUGCAGGCAGGAGCUGUAGGCAGGAUAUGCAGGCAGGGGUUGUGGGCAGGGGACGUAGGCAGGGCUUGCAGGCAGGACAGGAUACAGGCAGCGCCAUGGGCAGGGAUACAGGCAGGACUGCAGGCAGGGAAUAUAAGCAGGAUCACAGGCAGGAUUACAAGCAGGGAUACAGGCAGAACUGCGGGCAGGAUGGCAGUCAGGAUGGCAGACAGGAUCGCAGACAGGGUUGCAGGCAGGAUGGUGGGCAGGAUGGCAGGCAGGGGAUAUAGACAGGGAUACAGGCAGGAUGGUGGGCAGGCGAUGCAGGCAGGAUUGCAGGCAGGACUAGAGGUAGGAAUAGAGUCAGGAUGGCAGGCAGGGAUGCAGGCAGGAAUAGAGGCAGGGAAUGCAGGCAGGGUUGCAGGCAGGAUGGCGGGCAGAGAAUGCAGGCAGGAAUAGAGGCAGGAUGGCAGGCAGGGGAUACAGGCAGGAUUGGAGGCAGGACGGCAGGCUGGGAUACAGGCAGGAAUAGAGGCAGGACGGCAGGCAGGGAUGCAGGCAGGAUGGCAGGCAGGGAUGCAGGCAGGGACACAGGCAGGACGGCAGGCAGGGAUGCAGGCAGGAAUAGAGGCAGGACGGCAGGCAGGGAUACAGGCAGGAUUGGAGGCAGAACAGCAGGCACGGAUACAGACAGGAAUAGAGGCAGGAUUGGAGGCAGGACGGCAGGCAGGGAUACAGGCAGGAAUAGAGACAGGAUUGGAGGCAGGAUGGCAGGCAGGGACACAGGCAGGAUUGGAGGCAGGACGGCAGGCAGGGAUACAGGCAGGAUUGGAGGCAGGACGGCAGGCAGGGAUGCAGGCAGGGAUGCAGGCAGGACGGCAGGCAGGGAUGCAGGCAGGAUUGGAGGCAGGACGGCAGGCAGGGAUGCAGGCAGGGAUGCAGGCAGGGAUGCAGGCAGGGUUGCAGGCAGGCAUGCAGGCCUCUCCGCGCCUGGCCCCGCCCGUGACGCCGCCGUGGGCCGGGCCGGCCGGGGACGCCGCCCCGGGCUGGGCGGUCGCCGGGGCCGGAGCGGGGCCUGCGCUGGCGGCCGGGCCGGGCCCAGAGCAGCCGCCGGAGGAGCCGCCGGGCAGCGGGGCCGCGAACCCACGGACCCGCGUGUGCCGAAGCGGCGGGGAGGGGAGGGGGCACCGCCGCGUCCGUCCCCCCGCGACCGCCGGCGCCGCUGCGGGGAGAGGGGGCAUUUUCGGGGAGCGCCUUCCAUUUAAGACGGAAUAAGGAUUUCCGAGCCGCUCGGAAUCGGCCACCCGCGUCUCCCGCCGCCCCGGUGCGGGAGCAUCAUGUCUGCCCCGGAGCAGCAACAGGCGCAGCCGCCCCCGGAGCCCGGGGAGCCGGACCCCGCACACGGGUACGAGCCGGUGGCCCCGCACUGGUUCUACUGCAAGGUGACGGACGGCAGGGAGCGGUGGGUCCCCUUCAGCGCCCAGGACUCCGAGCGGCUGGAAGAGGCGCAGGGCUCAGGGAGAGACAAAGAAGAUCUGGUUGUCCCAACGUCGGGGGGUAGGUACGAUGUGCACCUGAAGAAGAGGCAGCGUGUUGCGGUGUACUGGGAGGAGGAGGUAUCUGAAGUGCGUCGCUGCACCUGGUUUUACAAGGGAGACAAAGACAACAAGUAUAUUCCCUACUCAGAGACCUUCAGCGAAGAACUGGAGGAAGCUUACAUGAUUGCUGUGACCCUGGACGAGUGGAAGAAGAAACUGGAGUCCCCUAGCCGGGAAAUCAUUAUCUUGCACAACCCAAAGCUGAUGGUGCACUACCAUCCGGUUGCCACCUCCGAUGACUGGGGCUCAACUCCUACGGAACAAGGUCGACCUCGGACUGUGAAGAGAGGAGUAGAAAACAUCGCUGCCGAGAUCCCCAAUGGGGAGCCUCUGCAAAUCGAUCACCUGGUUUUCGUGGUGCACGGGAUCGGCCCAGCAUGCGACAUUCGGUUCCGGAGCAUCGUCCAGUGCGUGAACGACUUCAGGAGCGUUUCCCUGAGCAUGCUGCAAGCGCACUUCAAGAAAGCCCAGGAGCAGCAGCAGAUCGGCCGGGUGGAGUUCCUCCCUGUGAACUGGCACAGCUCCCUCCACUCCACCGGGGUGGAUGUUGACCUGGAGCGAAUCACUUUGCCGAGCAUCAAUCGCCUGCGUCACUUCAUCAACGACACCAUCCUGGACGUUUUCUUCUACAACAGCUCCACCUAUUGCCAGACCAUCGUGGACACGGUGGCGUCCGAAAUGAACCGCCUCUACCAGCUCUUCCUGCAGAGGAACCCCCUCUUCAAAGGGGGGGUCUCCAUUGCUGGGCACAGCUUGGGGUCGCUGAUUUUGUUUGAUCUCCUGACGAACCAGAAGGCUGCUCCCGAGGAGGACGAGCACAGCGAGGAGGGGUCCAGGGCAACCUCAAGCAACAGGGGUAUCGAGGAAGUAAAAGAAAUCCUGAAGAAGCUGCAGCUGUCCGAAUAUUGUGAUGUUUUUGAGAAGGAGAAAAUGGACAGGCAAGCACUGUUCUUGUGCACAGAGAAGAACCUUAAAGAAAUGGGAAUUCCCUUAGGACCAAGAAUGAAGAUACUACAUUACAUCAGCUCCAAGAUGGAGAUGCAGGACCAGAGCGCAGCAGGUCCCAGGCACAGCCGGGAGCACCGAGCAGAGCCUGGGUCCCCAUCGCAGCACAACCCAGACAGCACAGACGAUGGUGCGAAUUGCCAGUACCGGGAUGUUGGCUUAGGACAGGUCUCAGCAAACUAUCCUCAGCUGAACUACAAGCCCACCAUCUUCUUUGCUUUCGGGUCUCCCAUUGGGAUGUUUCUCACGGUGCGAGGAGUGAAGCGGAUCAACCCAAACUACAGCCUACCCACCUGCAAAGGCUUCUUCAACAUCUUCCACCCUUUUGACCCGGUGGCCUACAGGAUUGAGCCCAUGAUCGUCCCAGACCUGGAGUUUGAGCCCAUGCUGCUGCCUCACCACAAGGGCAGGAAGAGAAUGCACCUCGAGCUGAAAGAAGGCCUGACACGCAUGAGCGUGGACCUGAAGAACAACUUGCUGGGGUCCCUGCGGGUAGCCUGGCAGUCCUUCACGCGAGCCCCGCUGCCAGCCGUGGAGGGGGCGAGUACCGAGGCCGAAGGGGAGGCAGAGGCCAGCGCGGAGAAGCAGCCAGAGACAAAGGCAGAAGAGCCCCCCGCAGCAGUGAAGGAAGAGGCCUCCCUCAUUAACGUGGGGAGGCUGAACGGAGGGAAUCGCAUAGACUACGUGCUGCAGGAGAAGCCAAUAGAGAGCUUUAACGAGUAUUUAUUUGCACUACAAGGGCAUCUCUGCUAUUGGGAGUCAGAAGACACCGUUCUGCUGGUUCUGAAGGAGAUAUACCAGACACAAGGCAUUACGCUGGAUCAACCUUUGCCAGGAAGCCAGUGACCAACCUAUGCUGUUCUGGCCAUUUGAUAUCCAAUUCAACCAAGCACUCACCAGGAAAGUCCAGAUUUCUUCUCUGCCUUCCUCUCUCCUCUGCUGCCGUGUCCCCCGCAUGCUGUUUCCCAAGUACUUGCUGCUACCUGGAGAUAAGGAUGAUUUUCCUCCAUUUUGGGUAGGGGCUGGGGGGAAAUAUAUCAAAGGAAAAAACUUCUGCUCACACACACACACAGCACUUGCACUAUGACUCCCUGUGGCAAGCUGUAUUUUUAACCCUCCACCUUGUAAGCAAUCACGCUGGCUCCUCUAGCACCGACGCAGAGUAGCUGCCUGGGCGAGGAACCGCCACCGAGGGCCUGACCCUGCUCCUGGCACAGUGAGGAAACUCCCAGCUUGGGACCUUGAAGAAUAAAAGCCUUAAACAUGCAGCGUGGAGAGACCUAUAGCAGCCUUGGCGAGCGAAGGAGAUUGCUGACUUCUCCCUGCUGUAACAGAGCACCGGGCGCGAGGACUGCGGUCUUUGGGAGGGGAAGCGCAGGGCACCGGCAUCUGCUGUGAAGCGAGCAGGAAUGUGUCUACCAGCGACUCUCAUCCCCUUGGACUGCUGCUGCAUGGUUGGUGUGUGCACCCAUGGGCUGUGCCAGGCAGGACUGCCCCGUAAAACAGCUGGUGAGAGCGGCAUGUUUGUGCGCGCUUGACCCGGGCGCUCGUGCCUCCCUGCUGCAGUAGGUUGGUAGCGACUUCUCAGCAUCCUCACCCAGCCCACGGCGGACAUAAACCACGGGCAUCCCUGAAGCACUGCCCGCGUCUCGUGUAGGACCAAGCUAGUGCCCAGGUGUGACUAAACAGGAGGAAAUUCACCUCCGGGUCAAGCUACAGCUCUGCUGGGGGAAAGCAGCUGCUCCUCAGCAGCAUCCAGGCAAUCUGGAGUUCUGGAGGGACAGCCCUCCUCUGCUCUGCAGGGGCGCGGAGCAGCACUGCCGUCCUGCUGCAGUGUGGCUUUCAGGGUGGCUGCGGGGAUCUCACGCCAGCCAGGCUCCAGUCGUUCUUGGUUUUAAAUACACAAAUUGCAGCCGGAGCCCAGAUCCAUAGGGUCGGGACACUGUGUCCCAGUGACCCCACGAGCCCAGCUCCGCAGUCGCCUGGAGCCUGGGGGCAAGGCAGAGGCUUCAUGGUGUGUAAGGUCGUUGCUGUGACAGCCUUGGGAAGAGCCAAACCACUUUCCCUCCCGCUGACUUUUGCCCUGCAUGGGGUAAGGAGCCUUUUUUUCCACAGCCUGUUUGUUUGUCCUCCGUUGUACUGCAUUAUUUGCACUAUCUGAAAGGUUUUGUUUGCAGCCUACAUCCCUCCUCCCAUCCCGAAGGAACAGAAGCUGUUCUUUUACCUGACUGCAGGAACAGACACGCUGCUCAGUCGGCGCCUGAACUACUGAUUGCUAAAGCGUCUCCUACAAGAGUAGGAAAAGGAACAGUCUUAACACGGGACACUCUAAUGAUCAGCUUUUUAAGUUAUGCACUUUGUUAAAAAAACAAAAAGAAAGAAGUUAAAUACAUUUUAAAUGUUAUUUAAUGUCUUUUCCAGUAAAAGCCAAAAUAAAUAAGUAGAUGAC